AGUAUUCUGGUCCCAUCUGGGCCGUCCAUCACCCCGAUCGUAGCUUGGUCAACCCAAUUAGCUGUUCUGAUCCCUCCGUGGAGGGCCCAAAAGAAAAAUGAAAGCCCAGUGACAACCAUACGCCCGCCUAUCCAGCCACACAUUCAACGGACUUCAUAGAUCUGCGCGCCACUGUGACCAUUCUCUCUCUCUCUCUCUCUCUCUCUCUCAUCUAAAUGCCAUGUUUUGAUUCGCCGUAGAAUAAUCUUCUACAAUUCAGUGAUUCUGGCAAAAAUUUCAAUUCACCGGCUCCCCUAAAUUGCUUCGUUGAAUUGACUUUUGAAUCUCUCUCUCUCUUCUCUCUCUCUCUCCCCCCGCGAGCAUUAAAAGGGGAGGGACAGAGGAGAGAGACGCUGGCCGUGACACGUAUAUUGGAGGAAGAAGGGUUAGAGCACACCGUAUCGCUGUUAGGAAGCGAAGAGCGAGCGGUGGUGGUGCCCUUUACAAUGGAAAGUUACAACCAUAGCCGCUCGGACGGCGGCGGUGCCGGCGGCGGCGGUCAACGCCCACACACCGCCGUCGAAAUCCCGGAAACCGCCCACCAGAUCAGCCACGGGAACUCGCAGUUAUCACCUUUUGGGUGUGCAUUAGAUGAACUUUAGUGGGCUAAGUUAAUCAAGUGCAAACUCGAAGGGCAGUUUGCUUCUAUUCAUGGUUUCAAGUUGGUUUUGUCCUCACAACGGGUAUCAACAGUGCUUAUGUUUUGGGUUAUUCUGGGACAAUCAUGGUUCCUCUUGGAUGGAUAGCAGGUGUACUAGGCCUAAUCGCAGCCACUGCCAUCUCUCUCUAUGCAAACACACUCAUAGCCAAGCUCCAUGAAUUUGGGGGCAGAAGACACAUCAGAUACAGAGACCUUGCGGGAUUCAUAUAUGGCCCAAGAGCUUAUUCACUUACAUGGGCUUUGCAAUAUGUGAAUCUUUUCAUGAUCAACACCGGAUUCAUCAUUUUGGCUGGACAGGCUCUAAAGGCUGUCUACGUUCUCUUCCGGGAUGAUGGCGCCAUGAAGCUGCCAUAUUGUAUAGCAAUAGCUGGGAUUGUGUGUGCCAUAUUCGCCGUUGGAAUACCCCAUCUAUCAGCUCUAAGAGUUUGGCUCGGGUUUUCGACGUUUUUCAGUCUGGUGUAUAUAGUCAUAGCCAUUGCUCUGGCAGCCCGAGAUGGAUCUAAAGCUCCGGCAAGGGAUUAUGGCAUUUCAGGAACAAAGAUUGGCAAAAUCUUUACAACCAUUGGUGCAGCUGCUAAUCUUGUUUUCGCAUUCAAUACAGGAAUGCUUCCAGAGAUACAGGCAACUGUGCGACAACCAGUCGUCAAGAAUAUGAUGAAAGCUCUCUACUUCCAGUUCACAGUAGGAGUUCUGCCUAUGUAUGCUGUUGCAUUUGUGGGUUACUGGGCUUAUGGAUCUAGCACCUCUACUUAUUUGCUCAACAGUGUUACUGGUCCAGUUUGGGUGAAGGCACUGGCCAACAUUUCUGCCUUCUUGCAAACUGUCAUUGCUCUACACAUAUUCGCAAGCCCCAUGUACGAGUAUGUCGACACGAGAUAUGGCAUCAAAGGAAGUGCUUUAUCUCUGCGGAACUUGUCGUUCCGGACUAUGGUGAGAGGCGGUUACCUCGCGGUAAACACACUCGUGGCGGCUCUGCUACCGUUCCUUGGAGACUUCAUGAGCCUCACAGGGGCUAUCAGUACAUUUCCGCUCACAUUCAUCCUAGCAAACCACAUGUACCUAGUGGCUAAGGACAAGAAGUUGAGUGCCGGCCAGAAGUGGUGGCACUGGCUUAAUGUUUGUUUCUUCAGCUGCAUGUCAGUUGCAGCAGCAGUUGCAGCCUUGAGGCUUAUUGCAGUAGACUCCAAAACUUACCACGUCUUUGCUGAUCUAUGAGCAAAGCUUUUAUAUUGCUGCUACCCAAGUCUUUUCAUCUAUUGUAUUUCGAUUGAUUUUCUAAGCUUCUAUUCUAAUUUAAGAAUUAGAGGUUAAGUAA